AUGCUCACACGCACAACAACCGUCGCGCCUUGCCCCGACGCGACCUGGGCACUUGGCGUCGCACGUCUGGGAUUUUUUCGCACCAUGUGCGGCACUCGCGUGACCACGUCGCCCGUGCUGCCAGGACGCAUCCACCCGGCCCCGCCGGGUCUCCUGCGUAAAUUGUGUUUCCUCGACUGCAGCAGCAUCAUUGACAGAAAAUGGAUUGAGAGGCUCUUGAAGACUUCUUCUUAUCAAGUUACUGUUGUGGAUUCUGGAGUUAAGGCUCUUGAAUUUCUAGGAUUGCUUGAUAAUGGUGACACAGAUUUAAAAUCUGUCUCUCAAUCCAAGAGUAAUGAUCAUAUAGUGGAUUUGAUCAUCACGGAUUACUCCAUGCCGGCUCUAACCGGCUACGAUCUGCUCAGGAAAAUAAAGGAAUCGGAAAUGCUGAAGGACAUUCCGGUAGUGAUUAUGUCGUCGGAAAAUAUCCCGUCGAGAAUCAACACUUGUUUGGAACAAGGGGCUCAAGAGUUUUUCGUAAAGCCGGUUCGACAAUCAGAUGUGAAUAAACUUAGGCCGCAUUUGAUGAGAUGCCAAAAGGAAUUUGUUAUGCCUCAGCUGAGAGUACAUUAA